AUGUAUUGCCUAGCCCUUUUCAUAUUUUUGAAUGUGUCCUUUUCGACCGCGAUUAGCCUGGACUACACAAGUCUCCCUUCGCAUCCCCGACUGAUGUUCACAGAGGAGCGAGUGAAUGCCGUGAACUCCAUGAGGGAAAGCGAUACUCUCUACGAUAAUAUACUUACCUCUUUGCAGAGCACCGCAGAUGCUGCGGUCGCUACUCCUUUAUCGCUCACUUCCGCAACAUCCUGGUCAAGUACCAUUCGAAUGAAUGUUGGCGCCGUGGCCGGGACAUAUCGAUUGACAAGCAACGAAACAUACUCUACAUGGGUCGCUGAGAGCAUUUUGCUACUUUCAGGCCUCCCCGACUGGGACCCCUCCAACUUUCUGAACACUGCAGAUAUUGUAAUGACAAUUUCCAUUGGCUAUGACUGGGUCUAUGAGACCCUAUCAACUGACCAGAGAACCAUGAUUGAGCAAGCCAUUAUUUCCAAAGCUUUUACCCCGGCGCUAAACUCUUCGAUAAAUUCCUGGAGUGAACAUACCAAUAACUGGGCUCAAGUCACCAAUGGAUGCUUGAUAAUUGCGACCUUAGCGAUUGGAGAUACCAAUUCAGCCAUUGCUGAUGAAAUCCUCGACUUCACAUUUCCCAAACUGAAUGUUUCCUUAGAGCAGUAUGGCCCAGACGGGGGAUGGAUUGAGGGAUAUUCAUAUGGUACCUACGCUGGGAUAUUUCUAGGUCUGACGAUGGGAUCUUUGGAAAGUGCACUUGGGAAUGACUUGGGAAUAUCUAAUCUCCCUGGAAUGUCAAAUCUGGGCGCCUGGUUAACACAUGGGUUUGGCCAAACUGGAGGUUUUAGCUGGGCUGAUGGCGCUUGGACAUUCUCUAACGCAAAUAGCUUGUGGAGCGUGGGAUAUUGGGCACAAAAGCUCUCUAGGCCUGAAUGGCUGCAGGGUAUGUUGUCUCGUUUUGACACCGGCGAGGCAGCAACCUUCCAAGCAUUUGUUUUCUAUAACUCCAGUCUCAUGACCCCGAACGUCCUGUCUACCAUGCCUCGAUACGAGCAAUUCGAAGGGGUAGCAGGAAUGACCUACCGCACAUCAUGGGAGGAUUCUAGCGGUUGGUUCUUUGGCUUCAUGGGUGGCUUCAAUGGUCGAUCACAUGGUCAUCUGGAUGCUGGCUCGUUUGUCAUAGACUACAACGGCUAUCGAUGGGCAGAGUUGCUUGGCUCCGAUAGCUAUAGUCUGACGAACUAUUUUGUUGGCUCUCGCCGCUGGACUUAUUAUCGAUGUCGGACCGAAGGAGCAAACUCCCUGAGUAUCUCAAAUACAAAGCAAACAGCGUUGAGCUUCGCCAACCAAAUCCCUUCAGCCAACAAUUCACUCCGUUGGGUGGGCAGCUUUGAUGACUCUAGCCGCUUCGGAGUUGCAAAUUUGACAGAGGCCUAUUCCAACGUGACUAACACUGUUUUCCGAGGAGUCGCAUUCUUGAACAACUCCCAGUUACUUAUCCGUGAUGAGAUUCUGGCACCCAAGGCUGUCGACAUUGCAACUAGCUGGCACACGGUGGCUACGGUCAGCAUCAGUAGCGACAAGCGAAGCGCUAUGUUGACCCAAAGCGACACGGUUAUGAAGCUCACAAUAAUGUCACCGUCUGACGCAUACCUGGAGCUGGAAGAUACAAAUCCAUGCAACGCCUACAGCUCUUGUUCAGAAGCAGAAAACAGCGGCAUCUAUAAUUUGGCAGUCAGGCUUGGCAGUCUUACCACGGAAGCGAAUAUUACAACCAUUCUCACGGAAAAUGGGAGCAAGAUCAUCUCCUUUGAUUUACCUCUGAAUGAAUGGUAUUCUGCCUGUACGGAGGAUUGCUGGCAGUCUGCGAACGUUGAAAACCCCUACUGGCUCGCAAAAUCUGAGGUAUAUUACUAG